AUCACUAAAAGUCAUGGUGGAAAUAAUAAUAAAUAAUUUGUUAAUUCAGAAUGUUUCCGGAUCUAGUGACAGCUUCUAUUAACAAAUUGUGUCAACAAAAAUAAUUCGAUCCUUUAUUAUUGCCGGAAAGAGAUUAACAUUUCUUUCAAUGAAUAAAUCUUAUUAGACAACGGAUAACCACUUUACAAUGAAUUCAGAUGACACUGCGGAAAGUGAGGUUAAUAAAGACAACUUACCAUCAAGUAGUCAGAUAUCAAAUCCAGACAGCAAUGCCAAUUUAAGCCUGACAACAGAUGAAAGUAAAGGUGCUAUACCCAAAACCAAGUUCCCAAAAGUUACUUCGAAGAAAACUAAUAAUAAUGUGGAAGACGGUAACUUAGUGGACGUCGAUACUGUAAAAAUAAAUGGUUUUUCGAAAGCCAAUGCCACUUCUAGCAACUUUUUAAGUAAUACAUAUGUGGAAUGUACAGCUAGCAAUUUACAAUCGGAGAAAGGUGCAAAUCAAGCAGCUACAAUGUUUGAAAGAAGCUCUCUAAAUAUUCCAAUUGAAAAUGAUUUUUUGGAUGCACCAUAUGUGGCAGUCAGUCUUAAAAGUUUAAAUGAAACGUGUACCACAUAUCAAGAGCAAAAUGUGAAAGAUGAUAGUUCAAGUGAUGACAACGAAUUGUUAUCAAUAUCAGACGAUGGUUGCAUCUACACCUAUAAAGGAGACCAUGUAGCUGAUUUACCAAGUUCAUUUUAUAAUUUAGAAAUCCCGCCACUUGAAGAAACUGUUGGUGAUGGCCGAGAAGAAAACUCCAGUCCAGAAAUGGAUUUCUUGGAAAUGGACUUCGAUCCUGGUCCUUCUGGGGAUGCCGAUUCUGAUUCCGUAUCGAACGUAGAAAUAGACAACGCAGUAAGCUUACCAUUAGAUCCUAAAGUUGAAAUAAUUGAAGAACCAAAACCCUGUUGCUCAAAAGAUCUGAACAAAGAAGUCCAAAGUGACACCAGCAAUAUCAACAAAAGCGAGACUUUAGUGAAAAACAAAUUUUUAAAUUUGACCAAGACAAUCCCAGAACCUGUUAAAGAUCCGGUAAACAUUCCCAAGCCCGAAAUAAAAAUGCCUUGGUCUUGUUCAAUAUCCGAAAGGACCCGAAGCGCAAAGUCCUUGCGAGUAAUCAAGAAACACCAUAGUUCAAGAGGAGAAUUAUCGUCACCAAGUGAAAGUGGUCUAAACGGUGACGUUAACAUAACAAACCUGUCGUCUUUUCAUAACGCUACGGGCAAAAUUUUAAUCGACGAUAAAAAUUCAGUGGCUAGUGAUGUGGAAAAAAACAUGAUAUGGACUCACCACGAAGCGUGUCUCAAGCAAAUUACACAAGUGGGACCUUCAGCUUGCGGUGCCACGGCAGUUUUAAAUGUUCUUCACGCUCUUCGAUUUCCUAUACCCACAUUGGAAAGAGUACAAGAAUGCGUCAACACAAAACUUAGAGCUAAUUCCAGCCCGUUGUCAGAAUACCUACUUUCCAGAAGCCAAGCUGGAUGCACUCACCGAGAUUUAAUAGCGGGCUUGUAUAGAUUGUCAGAUAAAAGAAUUUAUUCGAGAUUUUUUGCGAUGUACCCUGAACGACUAGUGAAUUUACAGUCAUGGUUAGGGUACUGGAUUAAAAACGGUGCUGUACCAAUAGCCACUUUGAAUUUACAAAAAUGCGAAGGAAGCAUACCUGACAGCUGGCAUCAUCAAAUGAUUUUCGGCGUGGGGCCUGAAGGUAUAUACUUAACUAAUCCCUUAGAAUGUGUGGAUCCUGAACAGUUAUGGCCUCAACUCUCUUCAGAAUCUGUUCUCUUAAUAAGGACGGAAGAUGUGAUUUCGAGAUGGAAUCCUAAAAUUGAUCUACCCCAAUUGAUGAAGAUUAACGAUGUCCGGUGGAAGGAAUUAAAUGUUGUAGGCCAAAUUGCGAAAGUUGUACGAGAAAGCCGAAGGGAAGCUAGGGUUGAUUAUGUUUUUACUUCACAUAUUAAAAUUCCCGCAGAAUAUAAAGCUGGUGUUACAUUGGUGAUUGACAUAAAUUCUCCCGCUUUUACAUUAUUACGGCAGUGCCCAGAACUACCUUUGCUGCAACCUGAAGCUGCAGCGAGUGCCUUUUAAACAUGAUAUGCAGUGAAUCUCCUUCAAUUCGGAAGUGAAAUAGUGUUCCUUGCAGCUGGAUUCUUGAUAUCCUUUUUCGCGCUGAAGUGCCAUAAUACAUUUUCAGACUAAAAAUUUAUAUGAUUAGACGCUCCAUCAUAAAAUACUAUCAUCUCGUUUAUUAGAAAUUCCAUUACAAUGUGGCAGAAAUGUAUUUGGUGCGAAAGAGGCGUUCAUUUUUGGAAAUUGUUGUUUCGUACUUACAUAUCUUUUGACGCAGCUACAAGUAAAAAAUCACUUUUAUGAUUCAUUUUAUUAAUAAAUUUACAUACUCAUAUCAUAGGUAGAAUUGUUAUCUUGUACAAACUAAUUUUAAUGCAAUAAUAUUGUUAAUGUAGUUGAAUGUGAUAAAAGUAUUUUAAUUUUGUAUUUUUUGCGUAGUGCCAUUGGGAAUCAGUUUUUUUUACCAAAGAUAAAAAGUAGCGUGACCGAGAGUUUCUUGUUUUGCUACUAUGUUAUGCGUUCAAGCGGUCAACGUGAAAAAAAAUUAUUUUUAAAUUUCGUUCGUUGCUGCACUUUUUUUGCUAUACAUGUUGAAACAAAAUAGCUACUUGGCGUUGCUUGAAUUUCAGACCCAUCAGAAGCAGAAUAAAAGUUCAUUUUGUCAGUCAAGUAAAAAUUUCAGUGCAGCGUAUUCUAGUCGUAUCAUUAAAACUUAAUUUUGCUUCGACAUUUUGUGUACACACAAAUAAACAACAAAUAACUUUAUCAAAUAAACUAUGUAAGUAUUCUUGUAUAUUUGAUAAUCAACAGUCUCAUA